GUACGGAAAAGUGUCUUAUGGGAAAGUGUCUCAAGAAAGGAACUCCCGUAAAGAAGUGUUGUUUGGAGAAAUCUGUAGUUUCCUGAAUCGGUGUGUUGGGUUUCUGCAAAUGGGUUUUGUUUGGUUGCGAGUGAAACAGAGGGAGAAGCAAGGUCCUUGUUGAGCACAUUAUCCAUUGAUUUGAUAAAAUUGUUUUCUUGGGUCAGGUAUCUAGCCAUGUGUGCUGGCACAUGCAUCGACAAGUCCAAGGCUUUGAGGUUGUAAAUAUUCUCGGGAAACAGACAGCUUUGCUAUCUCCAAGAGAAUCACAUGCAGAUAAUGAAUAAUAAAAGGUUCCAUGCCAGAGAAAAAUAGAACAAACAAUAUGCUUUCAAGUUGGAUUCCUUGCUAGCAGAGUUGCCUGCAGUGCAAAGGAACUUGAUCUUCCAAGAAUCAGACAUCACCCUUAUCAGCCUUUUCAUUUGGUUUGGAUUUUACACAAGAAGUAUAUUUCUAGCUAAUGAUCAUGGUGAAAGUAACAAAUAAACAGAUCUGUCACAAGCUGUGUUCAAAUUUUGGCAGUUUAUUAUCACCGAUCGUUCUGGUUCUUGUCCUUCUGUUUUCAAUUUUCAUUUUCUUUUCAGUUUCUGAAUCCUCUCCUUCCCUUCUUACCCUGCUGAUUGUUCUUCUAUCUACCAUGUUUCUUGUCACAAUGACAAAGAAAAAAGGGUCCUUACAUGAAAAUCUCGUCCAAGAUAAUCAGAAGAAAUUGGAAAUACAGCCUUCAUUAGAAGAUAUUACUACCCAACAAAAUGAAACUUCUCAGAGCCAAGUUCAAGCACAGUCAGAAUCCUCGUUUCCAUUAGAUUGUGAAAGCGGGAACAUCACUGAUAAAGGUUUUGAAGUCAGUGUUGAGAAGUAUGAGCAACAAGCUGAUCCAAAGUCAGAUACUGAAAGCAACAGCAGCUCAACCAUGAGUGGAGAAAGUUCUGAGAUUCAUCACAGUAGAAAUAAAAAUCUUGAUAUAUCUGAUAACUUGGCUAUUUAUAGUGAUGAUUGUGAUGAUUAUGAUGAGGAGGAGGAUGGCUUGAUUGAAAUCAAACUUCCAAACAAUCACUUUUCAGAGUUCUGGCCAGAAUGCUUUUUCAAACAGCAACGUUUCACAGAGCUCUUGGAAGAAAUUGAUGAGAUGAAUGAGGAUGAAAACUUAAUUGAGAUUGAUAUCUCAAAGGGAUCCACAAAACACCAAGAUUUGAGAUUGGAGAAGGAGUUUUCUUGAACUUUAGCAUGAUUUUGUUCUCUUUUAUUAACUUGGCCUAUUAAUCUUUAGUUUCAUUUUUACAAUGAUGUGUUAUAGCAGUUUUGUCACAUUAGAUAGCAUAAUAUGAUUAUGUUUUGUUUGAAUGCUACAAGUUGCAAGAUGAAGGUAAAGGCUUUUUUGCUAAACAAUUCUCAGUUUU